CGCAAAUUGCCCGGCCAAAUGAUGAAGGAGCAAGCCAACGUACCGCCUGUGGGAAGUGUCAAUACAGGGGUGAGCGUGUCCACGGGGCAGCCGAGCGCCAAGCAACGCAACAAGCAGAAGUAUUGGUCAAGGUGAGUGAUACGAGUCUUGGCGUAAUUCACGGGCAACAGCCUUCAUUCAGUCUUUUCAUUCAUUCAUCACCAUCAUAUCGUUCUCAGGAGCAGGGGCAGAGGCAGAGGCAGAGGCAGAGGCAGGGGCACGAAGACUCACUGAAAUGGACGUUGCCUUUUUUCUGCUUUUCCCUGCUUGGCUAGCAUUGCAUCCACUCAAGGCGGUGGCGUCUCCCCUCCCAUUCGCAAAGUCAAAGGUGUCAAGGGUCUCUUCCGCCACGACUUGAUCAACGGAGCACCACCUACUACACCGCAGGCAGUACCGCGCUACGGCAUCUCCCCAGGAAUGGCCGCCGCAGGCAUGGCAGCCAUUCAGGCAGGGACGGCCCACCUCGCUACAGCUACCUCCUCUACCGCGGGUGACCACGUCACCGCUGCGCGCGACGACGGCGACUUUGACAGUGACUUCGAAGGGGUGACUGCGACGCCUUCGCUCGGAUAUGGGCAUGACCAGCAGCAAGGCGACUUCGACGAGGAUGAAACAGACGCAGCCAUCGAUGCGAGCUUGCGCACGGCUGCCGCAGCUGCCGGUGCUGCAAUGAGCGCCGAGGUCAAGCCCAAGUCGACGGACGCAACCGAUCUGUCGACGAUACCCAGCCCAAUCCUUCCUCUACCCACACGCGAGGAAGCCAGAGGCCUCAAUCAAUCUCUCGCCCGAAAGAAGCUCGCCUCGAUCGCUGCGGGCGAAGGCAGCGACACCGACACUAGCACAUCAAGCAUCGAAGAGAGUGCACGCAGCAAGUUGCGCCCCAGCUUGACGGGGGCAAGGGAGAGACGCGAAAAGAUGAAGAGCAUUAAGGAGAAGAAUGGUCAGGGAGGCGCAGCCGGCCUUGAGGGGGGCGAUGGGCAGCAAACAGGGAGUGCGGGCAGUCAGGCUGCGGAGGAUAAGGGUAAGACCAAGAGCAUGGGCAAGGUAAAGGGUACAAAGGGCAAGACCAAGGCCCAGGACAACAGCAAGAGCUUCUCACCCAUCGAGGACGACGAUGACGACGACGAGUCGGACAUCUCAGACCCAAAGCUCAACGCUGCUGCGACGCAGACGUAAGCGGCGACAGGUAGCCGAGCUCUUCGCAGCGAGCGGGCCAGGCAGCAGCCCCUCUUCUGCGUCUCGAUCAAUCAUUCAGCACACUCCAAGAAAUUCACCUCAACAUCGAUAUCCACUGUCAUCCGUUCAAUUACGUCAUCUCAUACGAUCAAAUUUGUGACCAUC